UGAAAUUGGAAAAGAACCAUUGUGUGCCCCACCUCAAUAUUUUUGAUGCUGGUCUUGAUCAGUCCAUGAUAUUUACAUUUUUAUAUCAAUAUCUUUUUGCUAACCUAAGGCUAGCCUGUUGCAACUAGAGGACGAACAUGAACAUCAUGCGAUUUAGCUGGAGGUAGUCCUUUCCCUAUCAUGUCCAUCACGCAAAAGAGGACGUCGCGAUUUUCAUACUGGAACAAGUACCAAGUAAGUACCCUAACCCUCCUUCGUCUGUUUCAGUUUCUUAGAGCUUGAAUCACAAAAAUGUCGGAGAGUUCGUCUAAACUGUUUCUGUCACGGGUUGCUGCGAUCCGUGUUGCCUAUCUUGGGCGGGGUUCUCAGCAAGGUGCCUCCUCGUCGAGAGUCCGAUAUGUGCGAAUACCGCAGCCUUUGGAUCCAGCAGGUCGGGGACAGCUGCUUCUCGAACGACAAACGCGACAGGAGUAUCUAAGUUACAUGCACGCAAACCGUGAUUGGAAUCGGCUUCUACCAGUCGAAGGACGCGAAGCAGCGCCACUGGAGUCCGUGAAUAUCGAAGCGUUCGACAUAGCCGUAGAUCGUGAUAUACCUGGUCAUCUUGUGGGAGACGCCCCAGGAGGCUCAGGACAACGUCCACCAGGACGCUCUUCACUGGUGUCCUCUGUAGCGUCAGCCUCGAGUUCUUCAUCUGCAUUCUCAACAUCGACUUUUUCGGCCAGUUCGAAGAACAUGCGAGGUGAUGAAAGUGGCCUCCCUGUUUCACGACCACAUGCUGGUGCCGCCUCCACUUCGUCUCCAGGAGCAGGAGAGAAGAAUGCUAGGACAAAUACGACCAGGAAGAAACUAUCGGAACUGCUGCACGCCGAUGAGCCUCAUAGAGAAACAAGAGGCGAUGAAGUUCGUAAGACGACCGCCACGGAUGAGAGUGAACGACCUGCUUCUUCACUAUCAGCUGAAAUAAGUGAGAAAGAGAAAGCUGAUCCAGCAGUAGGGGUGGUCACUACAACUACAGGUAGUGCAUCCGAAGAGUUGCAUGCUACAGAUGAAGUAUUAAAAGGAGGGACGUUGAGCACUUUGUUCGAAGGCGAAAAAGACGAGACAGGAACAUCAACACAUGCCAUUCCCGUAAGCGCGAGGGACACAAUCUCGUCUCGUAGUCCUGAGGAUAAGGCAAUAACAUUGCUUCAUCGCAGAAGGCGGAAGGCUGUAUCGACUUCUUCUUCGGUCGUAAACCCGGCACCAAGCAACAAGACUUCAUCUGCAGGCGUUGACCGAGAAAUUUCUUUGCGGGGAGAAAUACAACCAAAUGUUGCAGUACACGACGAAGACAGUGAAGAGUUACUAGGAGCAUCGGUGGAGCUGCGCGCGGACUACGUGGAUCUCGAUACAGGUACUAGAAAUUGCGGUUGUCCAUUGCACAAGUAGAUUAGACUGGGAGAGAUUCAGUGUUCCUUAGUUGCUACCUUCCACCUGCUUCCUACUGAAAGUGAUGUUUGUGCACUCCUAGUCUUCCCUUAGACAACCAGUGAAGAUAGUUUUUGCUUAAGACCAAUUUGCAUAAAACAAAUACAAUUCACAUCAGAUCCGGUAUCGGAGUACAACAUUGAGUUGCUCAUCGAGGAUAGGGAUGCAAACUAUCCCGCAAUCAUCGAGUGCCGAAAGCAUAAGGGACAUUGGCAUAAGCGUCGGCGCCAAAUCAUAGGAAACCCCAGCACAAAAUGGCGAAGAAAACUAGCGAGACGAACAGGGAAGAUUCACUAGAGGCGGAAAGGGCCACGUUGAAUUGAAAAAAAUCUGAUGAAAUAUUCACAUGUAGUACUGUAGACAAUUCAUAUCGGAAAAACAUAUGACACAAGAACAUGACAGAGAUCAUGUAACUUCCAUGUCGCUCAGCAAGGCCUUGCGAUCUUGCUCCAAUUCCAUCCUGCCACAUUAAGACGCUAACCGUUCAGAAUAAAGAAUAGCAACAUCAUCGUCGAAAUCAUGCUCGACAUGAGGGACGAUAUCUAAGAAUUUUAGUACAAUAGGAGAUGGGGACGUUCUGAUUUGUGGAGAAGAGGUUCGCUAAGCCUAAGCAGGCGCUGCAGGCGUAGCAACGAUGAGCAAAGUUUGAUGCAGUACAACACAGCGAACAUGAGAUGAAGAUUUUGUAGCACUCAAGCACGAGUCACGCCGUUGAGUUUGAGUAUUUUUCAUUGGAGUCAGCGGGAUCAUCGAGAACAAAGUCCUCCUGUCUUAACGCAGGAGAAAGUGUCACUUUCAGAGCGAGGGAGGACCACUGCUUUAUACAAUUUUCUCUACAGUUGUAAAAACGGACAUCACGACCUGCGUUGUACGUAUUAUAU